UAGGAAACAAGGAGCUGACCAUGAUAGUGUAUAAAGAAUGUGUGGAUAUCGAGGAAGCCAAUAUGCGUGAUACCAGUAAAGUAUUGUGUUCUGUACUACAUUACCUAGCAGCAGCUCAGUUGAGUGCAGGGGAGUUUGGUGAUGCUAUCAAGUCUUACAAGAAAAUAGUGAAGCUCUACCAGCAAGAAGAAGAUCCACCUUAUUCGUUAAUUGCUAACGCUUGUAUGAAGCUUGGUAGGGUUUGUCAUCAUGUGGGCAGAUUUGCUGAUGCUGCAGAGCACUUUGAGCAGUCUCUAAAUGUUAGAGAACAGAAGCAGCUAACGUCUGAAACGACAUCUAAAAGUGAAAUACUACAAUUACUAGCAGAAGCGCAAGUGGAUGCCAAGAAUUUUGAUAAAGCUAUUGAGUGUUACAAGAAAUUAGUGGAGCUGCACCAGCGAGAAGACCCGCCAUCUUACUUGGCAAUUGCUGAUACCUUGUUGAGGCUUGGUCAACUUUGUUAUCGGACGAGCAACUUUGAUGAUGGUUUAGAGCACUUUGAGAAGUCUCUAAGAAUUAGAAAACAGAAGCAGUUAUUGUCUCAACCCACAACUGGUGAAGUUUAUCAAUAUCUUGGAAUGACUCAUUGGUCGAUGCUACACAAAGACAGAGCUGAAAAAUUUAUGAUUAGUGCAGAAAUGCCACAUGUAGACAAAGCACUUUCUGCAUAUACAAAGUCUGUCAACGUAUUUCUAUCGUGUCCAGGGUACGAGCGACAGGCUUUGGAAAAUUUGGAACAACUAGCUAAUUUGUAUGGGAUAACGAUCACUAGUACAGCUACGAAUGACAAAGCUACAAUGAUACGACUGGUAGCAAGGACCGCAUAUGCUCGCAGAGAUUUUACCCGAGCCAAAGAUUUGCUUUGCAUAGAAAAGAAAGUUCGAUUUGGGGCAACGACUUCGCAUCCAGUACAGAAAGCUAUUGUGCUGCACGACAUCGGUUUGUGUGAGAUGCGUCUGUCACAGUUGGACAGAGCUGAGAAGACUUUCACUGAGACACUGAAAAUUGUGCAAUCGCUAAGACCACGAGAGCAUGAAGAUCUACAGAUGCUUUACAUCAAGAAUCUAGUUGGACUAGUUCGGUUUCUGAAAUAUUAUCAACAAUCCGUACACUGAAGGUAUAGAUAUAUGUAUACAGCACGAGAUGAUUAUGGCUGCAGUCAUGCAUAUCUCUGUUGUUGCUGGACUCACUGCAUUUAUCGAUUCAGGCAUAGACUACAGCUAGCUUGCACAAUGAUCGAGGCUGUCUUUGCUGUUUUGCUUUAAUUUGUGGCACACCAUGCAGCUGCAGCUUUGCGUUCUGUUUUAGUCAAUAUGAUUUUGUAGACAGUAAACGUAAUUGAUUUUGAAUGUAUGCAGCAGAUUAGCCACUUAAUGUAUUGUUAUUGCUGCUGAUUUGUGGAUGACAUGUAGCCAAUGUUUGUACUUCUUCUGUACAACUCUUCAAUUG